AGAGGGCGGUGUAAACUUUAGGAUGGCAUGCGAUAUCAAGUAAAACCAAAGUCAAUGCGGUGAAGAAAAAAAGAGAAGAAGGAGUAGGCGGAAGUGUUUAGUUGUUUAUCGAUUGGCGUUUUUGUUCUUGUGAAAGAGUCAGACUAAAAGUAACAGCAGUAUCCCUGCAAGUUCACGAUGAACCUGGAACGACUUCCCAACGAGGAUAAACUCAGCCUAUGUAGAAAAUAUUACUUAGGUGGUUUUGCCUGUCUUCCAUUCUUGUGGCUCGUGAACGUUGUUUGGUUUUUUAGAGAGGCCUUUAUCAAGCCACCCUACACUGAACAGACGAGGAUUAAAACAUAUGUAAAGCGAUCCGCGCUGGGGCUGUUGUUCUGGGUCACUGUACUGACAACGUGGAUAACCAUUUUUCAGAACCUCAGAGCGCAGUGGGGGGAGGUGGGGGAUUAUUUAUCGUUCACCAUUCCACUGGGCACUCCUUGAGAUGUUCUUCAAAGACACCGCUUUUACUCAUAACUAAUGAUCCACUGUCAUGGACCAAAGAAUUUCACUUUAAAGUUAAAAAAUGUUGGUCCUUUUGUAAUUACUAAUAUCUUAAAAACUUUGCUGUGUAACUGAAAACUCUUUUUCCCCAGAAGUAUGUGUAAUCUUUAAUAGAGUAGGCACAUUAAUUUGUCUGCUAUAGAAUGUGAUGAUAUUGAGGCUGAAUGUGCAUUUAAGUCUGUCUUUUUUUUGGUCUUCUAAAAUUGUUAAGGUAAUGAAGAUUAGGGCCACAGUGAAACUUUUUUAAUUUCUGAAAACAAAGUCAGUUCUAAGAUUAAAGUCAGAAUUCUGAUUUUACUAUUAAACUUCUGCGAGGAAAACAAACGUCAGAAUUCUGCUCUCAUUUUUUCUUCAGAGUUCUGAGUUCAAAGUCGAAAUUCUGACUUUCUCAGAAAAGGUAAAAAUGUAUUUAUUUUAUCGUGGCUUUA